AUGUUCCUUCCUUAAUGCAUACUAUAUAUAAUCAUCUCUUUAAGACCUUAAGAUUUAUCAAGCCGCAUUCUCUUACCAAAACAAGCAUAAUUCAUUUUCAUCUUUUCUUCUUCUUUUUCAUUCUCUUCACCAAAUAACACCUCAUUUGUAGAAAAACUAUAACAUUUAUUUUAUACAAUAUUAUGGCUGAAAUUGAAAUUCCUCCAUAUUUUGUAUGUCCAAUUUCAUUUCAAAUCAUGGAAGAACCUGUGACAACAGUGACAGGAAUAACAUACGAUAGAAAAAGCAUUGAAAAAUGGUUAAUGAAAGCCAAAAUUUGUGUAUGUCCGGUAACAAAUCAAUCACUACCAAGAAGUUCAGAAUAUUUGACUCCAAAUCACACACUUCAAAGGCUAAUCAAAGCAUGGAUUUUAUCAAAUGAAGCCAAAGUGGUUGAUAAUCAAAUUCAAUCUCCAAAAUCUCCUCUCAAUAGAAUCCAUCUUCAAAAACUUGUCAAGAAUCUUGAGCUUCCUAAUUGUUUUCAAGCAUCAAUGGAGAAGAUUCUUGAACUUGCUAAACAAAGUGACAGAAAUAGAAUAUGCAUGGUUGAAGUAGGUGUAACAAAGGCUAUGGUUAUGGUGAUUAAAAAGAAAUUCAAAGAAGGAAAUACCAAUGGUUUAGAAGAAGCUUUGAAAAUUAUUCGUCUUUUGUGGAAUGAAGCAAUGAUCAACAACAUGAUGAAGCCUUUGGUUGGCAAAAACAUGGAUUUCAUGAACUCGUUGACUUGGAUUUUGAAAAUUUACAUUGAUACUAACAAUUUUGAGAUGGUAAAUGAAGUUAUGCCAUUACUAAAGUUGACAAUUGAUGUUGUGGACUCAAACCUUUUAGGAAAUUUAAACAUUGAAUUCUUUGUAACAAUGGUUAGAGUACUUAGAAAGAGAAGAUUAUUCUCCAAACAAGCUAUUAAAUCAGCUUUAUAUGUGCUUAUAGAGACGUGCCCGUUGGGUAGAAACCGAACAAAGAUCGUGGAAGCGGGUGGAAUAACCGAACUCAUUGAACUCGAGCUUGAAAAACCGGAGAAGAAUGUGACUGAGCUUGUGUUCAAUCUUUUGGCACAUUUGUGUUCGUGCGCGGAUGGAAGAGAACAAUUUAUGAGGCAUGCAGCGGGCAUAGCGAUGAUUUCGAAGAGGAUUUUGAGGGUUUCAGCCGCAACCGAUGACCUAGCGAUUCAAGUACUUUCAGUGAUUGCGAAGAAUUCAACGUCGAAAGAGUUUGUUUUAGAGAUGUUGCAAGUUGGAGCGGUUUCCAAGCUUUGCAUGGUAAUGCAAGCGGAUUGUGCUUCUUAUUUGAAAGAGAAAGCAAGAGACAUACUUAGGUUACACUCCACUACUUGGAAUAAUUCUCCAUGCAUACAAUUGUACUUGUUAACAAGGCACCAAAGGUGAUCAAAUAUAAGUUAUAUAACUAACUAUGUAUAUUGUGCAAAAACGUAUCUACCAUUUAAUGUGUACAUUCUAUAUAGAUAGAAAACAAAAAAGCCUUCAAUGUAAGAGUACUUAAUCAUUUUUAAUUUGAAUUGAUAAAUCAAAUUGUACUUUGAAGAAAGGAAAGCUCUUUCUGUACCUA